AUGCCGCACCAAUUGUCGCGGUCCGUCCAGAUCCACGGGAGUGCAGGACCUCCUGUCGCCCGCCGUCGCCCAGAGGAUGCAUCUCCAUUGCGCGAGGAAACCUUCCGACAGAUGAUGCUGCUUCAUGAAGCGCAAAAAGUGGUGUCCUGGGUUCCCGAUUCUCUCGCCGAUCGAUGCUACCAUUGCCAGGCGUUGUUUUCGCUAGUGCUGCGUCGCCACCACUGCCGUCGUUGUGGCAACGUAUUCUGCGACACAUGCUCUUCCUCCCGCAUGCCUUUGGUGAGUGCAGGCUUCUUCACGCCCGUUCGAGUGUGCGACAAGUGCUGCGAGGCGGCCAAGAAGACCCACCGACGCAUGUACAACGAGCGCCGCCGCCUCAGCCAAAGCGUCACCAGUGCAGCUAUAUCCCACGGAGUUGUUGAAACGAUGGCGUCGUCGUCGCACCACGACCUCCACUCGCUUCUACCAUUGUCGCCCAUGGACGAGUCCGAGUCGAGCUACGCCGCCAGCCCCGCGGCCGCCCUCGCGCUCACGACGAUGAUCGACGUCAUUCCCGGCGAAGUCGUCAUGUAUCGCGGUCCCAACGUCCAUUUGCGGAUCCCCAACGGCUGCGAAUACGCAGGCACGGUGUACAUCAGCAACUACCGCCUGGUGUUUUCGCAGACCACCGCGCCGUGCCUCAGCACAUCCGAAGCAUGUGCCCGCACUCACAGUCGACAUGCCACGGUGACGCUUCAGGCAGACCACGUCACGGCGGCGCCGCGGUACCACGCGAUUCCCCUUCGCACGAUUGAACGGGUGAAGCGCCAGGAGCUCGCCGAUUCCGACACGGGGGUGCUGACGGUAUUUUGCAAGGACCUUCGUCGCAUCCAGCUCGUGUUUCUCGGGCUUGUGCAGCAGCAAUCGUUCAGUCACUUUGACCGGUGCGACCGCGAACUCAAAGGACGCGGCGGGCCCGUUCAUUUUGCCAAAGUCCAUCAAGAGACGUUUCCCCACGCUCUCUGGGAUGGGUGGGCAGUAUACGACCCCGUGGCCGAGUUCAAUCGGCUCGGGGUGGGCGCCACGACCAAGUGGCGGAUCACAGACAUCAACCAAUCGUACUUGUUUUGCCCGACGUAUUCAGCGUCGAUUGCUGUCCCGGCCGCCGUGUCAGACCAAGUGUUGGCCACCGCAGGUGCAUUCCGGUCCAAAGCUCGGAUUCCAGCAUUGACGUGGCGCGAUAAGAAGACAGGAGCUACGAUCUGCCGCAGUUCGCAGCCGUUGGUGGGCUUGGGCCAAAAGCAAUGCGCCGAAGACAUUUUGUUGAUUCAAGCGAUCGCAGCGACCAACCCCAGCAGCUCCACGAUGGUGAUAGUGGACGCGCGGCCGUGGCGCAAUGCGAUGGCGCAAAAGACCGUCGGGAUGGCCGGGUACGAGCUCACGUCACACUACGAAGUCAAGUCGACCCCCACUCCAGACAACACUGAAGCCAGCAGCACGUCGUUCGACUUGCCGCUCCACGGAAGUCAUGCCGUGGACCCUCCCACACUUCAUGAUAAAACCGUCAUGAUCGGACCCACGACCUGUCGGUUGGUGUUUAUGGGCAUUGAAAACAUCCACGUGAUGCGCAAGAGCUUUCAGAAACUGACCGAGCUGAGCUUGUCCCCUGAUCCACUGCACGACCCUCCAGGUCGAUGGCACGAACAGCUGGCGCAAACCAAGUGGAUGGAUCACCUUAGCCGCAUCUUGCAUGCGUCGGUGGAGAUUGUGCGGCUGGUCAAGACCGAUACGGCGAGUGUUCUGGUGCACUGCAGCGAUGGGUGGGACCGGACGUCGCAGCUCACGGGGCUCGCCGAACUUAUGCUGGAUCCGUACUACCGAACCCUUCGUGGCUUUGCUUUGUUGGUGGAAAAGGUAGAUAUUGAUCGAUGA